GCAUGGGGCUCAGACUGGAAAUGACUAUUAAGAAAAAGUUCAUAUGCGAUUACUGCAAGAAGACUUUUGUCAGUUCACGGUUUUUUAAGAAAAGCCAUUUUUGGAGCCUUGCACAUCAGGCUAAGCUGGGUAAGCAUUAUAGUAAGAUCUUGCAGAAAGAGAAGAAUAAGAGAAGUACAUGUGCACAUAAGGAAGUCUUUGGAACCUGCAAGUUUGGAUGGAGGUGUAAUGAGAGGUAUUGGACGGUCAAGGAUAAGCAAAGUCAAGCUAUUAUAGGACAGUGGUAUGAAGUGGAUCUUGAAGAAGAGUUAAAGCAGUUACAGAAUAUCAAACAAAACUUGCUGAAUAAGAGAAGAAACCAUGCCAAAAAAGACGAUAAUUAACAUAAAAAUUCAAAAUUUUCAACAUCCC